UAAAUGUGCGCAUGGUGCUAUACAUUGGUUAGCCAUGGCUUAGGCAUUAUUGAUGACAGCAUGUAAACACAAUCCAUACUCUUCAGAUGUGUGUUUGUUUAUGUGUAGUGUAGUUUAGUUAUCAAUUCUGUACCGAUUUAUCUUUCUCUUUUUCAACAGGUUCUUAAAUUCAAUGUUUCAACUAAUAAUUAGUAGCUGACUACAAAAGGCACUUUUAAGAGCCACGUUUGUAUUGUCAUUUUCCCUGUUCUCGUUUUUGUAUUGUUCUCUCUCCCUAUCUAUUCUCCCCUCUCUUCUCUUAGUGGUGUGUUUGUCCCUGUGCACUUUUGUUUGUUCUGUGCGCCAUGUCAGAUCCUAAGCUGAACCAGCUCUUGGACGAGAUCAACAGUCUUGUCAACCAGGCAGAAGACAUGGAUGAACUCCAAAGGCUGCAUGAGGUCAUCAGCAUGCAACAAGAGGCAUCAUCCAUCCAGCCUCCAACUGGCAAGUGGAUUAAGAGUUACAGUGAAGGGAACAUUGUUUAUGGGAGGCCAAGAUUCUCCAGAAAGCAAGCAGCUGGUCUUAGCCACAGACAAACUGGAAGGACCGAUGGUUCCCUUUCCAGUGCUCUGGAAACCAGUGUGGAAAUGACUGAUGACUUUUCUCACAUAAACGCUGAGACUUUCCUUCAAGAGCUAAAGCGCUCACUGGGUGAAGAUUUAGAUGACCAAGAAACACCGCAAGCCUCCAGUGAUUGGUCAGUAAGAAAAAGUCUUGUCUCAGGGUGGUGGGAGAAAGUGAGACCCCGGUUGGUGGAAAAAAUGGUGGCUAAGCAGCAUGUGGCAAGUCCAGUCUGCCAGAAAUGUUACCUCAGUCCAGCUAUGAUCCACUGUUGUGACUGUCGACCACACCCCUUCCUCUGUGCCCGUUGUGACAUCAGCAUCCACAAGGCUCAAGUCUUCCACAACAGGGACUCAAUUACAGACGGUUUCUUUCAGCCAUUGCCUCCGACAUCCUGUUAUGUGGAGAAGGUUCUUACCCAGUGUGUGUGUCUUGUACCCUUGGAGAUGCCAGGGACAAUAUGUAGCUGUCCUCAGAGUUUAAGUGUCAUAACUGGAAAACCCAUUUCUGUGGUUACAAUGAAUGGCCGAUAUGAUCUCAACUUGCCAGAGUUGAAAUGUGAGGUAUGCCAAGCCACAUGGAGUGCUGGCGUGGAUGAGCUGGUCCAUAAUGACUACUGGCCUGCUACUUCUCAAAUUUCCACAGUGUAUGCUACAGACAUCCUAUUUUCCUUUGAGGAGUUGAAGAUGGCAGCACCUGGGAUGUCCAGCCAAGCAUUUCUUAGAAUGCUAGAUCAACGAACUGUCCGCUUUGGCCGUACUGGAAAGAUCAUAGCAGACAGCUUCAGAAAAAGCUUUUUGGAGUGGGAGGCUGUCCGUUUUGAAGUGGACAAAGUCAUUCGGGAAGACCACUUUAACUGCCCAGCAUGCACCCCAAACAUGCUUGCAGUCUCUGUUGAUGGAAACCGUAAGCACUAUAGAUUAUAUCAGGGGAACAGGCCAUCUUUAAUGGUGUCUUCAUAGCCAAGGACGAUGAUGUAGCACGAUUCGUGGACUAUGUCCAUUCCUCGACCAACCACUUAAAUUGGCAAAACAUCACUAUAUUUACAUGCAAAAUACCAACUCCUACAUAGGAUUUUGUUUGGACUGUUAACCAUCUUCCAUGUUUUAGAUCUCUGGAAGAGGUGUCUGUGGGGGACAGUGGUCAGCGGCACGAGAAACAUCACA